UUCCCAAUUAAUUAAGUACGGGACGUAUUAGGUGUGGAAGAAGAGCGUUGGUAACUGAUCCCCUGCAAGGCCGGCUUGCCACCUCCAUUAAGAGUCGCUAUGGCCGAAACGGGCUUCUGCGAUUCCAGGCCAAUGGACCUACACAAGAAGACGGAGGAGAAGCGUGCUCCACUGCGGACCUGGGCUAACGCCUGUGUCCCCAAGGAGCGCCGGCUGCUGGCAGCCAGUGAGGAGCCCCGGGCGCUACUUUGCAAAGCCGAACCAGAGCGCAGAUGGGUCCGGAGGCUGCCGUUGACUGCGGAAGAUGGGAUCAUCAUGGACUAUGUUGAGCAGGAUGAUGCCACACACACAGAUGGUCGGGAGGAGGCAGCCUUGUUGCUGCGUCUGCAUGGCCUGCACAGACUUCAGGUACUGGUGCCAAGCCUGUUACACCGGGAGGUGGAGCUGGCCAUGGAGAACCUGGGUCUCAUCUAUGAUCGCACUUAUGCCUGGGAUGUCUUCUCAGACAUGAUGAGAAGCCAGUUGCGCUAUACCUUCCCAAGUGCUGUACUUCCCAAACCCUUUACGGAAACUACUCAUGCCAUCCUGGUGGACUGGCUCAUUCAGGUUCACGAUAUCUUCCACUUCUCUGAGGAGACUCUCUAUCUAGCCAUCUACUUACUGAAUCGUGCAAUGCGCCAGAUCAAGGUGUCCAUCUACCACCUGCAGCUGUUGGGAAUAGUUUGUCUCUUUCUGGCUGCCAAGAAGGAGGAGUGCUUGCUGCCUGAGAUCUCUGAGCUCUGUUACCUGAUGGACAACAGCUAUGGCAAACGGCAGCUUCUCCGCAUGGAACGCAAAGUGCUGUGUGAGCUCGAAUUUGAGCUUUCUCACUGCCCUCCCCUGCACUUCCUGUUGCUCUCUGCUACCAUUGCCCGCUGCAGCAGCAAGGUAGUGUGGAUGGCCCGAUACCUACUAGAGCUUUCCUUGCUAGAAGGCCAGUGUGUUGUUUUCCAGCCAGUAGAACUGGCCAGUGCUGCCCUCUGCCUUGCUCGUCAGGUACUACAGGAGCCCCUCACUCCUGAGGGUGAGACGGCCUGGUGUGUUGCUGCCAGCCUCCUCACAUGCAGUGAGCCCACUGUCCAGAGGAUCAUGCAGGUCCUGGCAGUGGCAGCAGCACAGGCGCAAGGCCGGGAGACCCGCGCCUCCUUUAUGAAGUUCUCCACUGUUGAGACCCUGCAUGUGAGCACGCACCCCGCCCUGCUGGGUGCACCACGUCUUCUGGGCCUUCCCUGCCCUCAGACCUGAGCCCGGACACUGGAAGGACCACUGUAAAGCAGGCAACGGGAACUGGGUGGCACAUGGAUGCAGGAUUAAGGCUGGAUAACCCUACAGUUCAAUAAGACCAGGGGAAUGUGUCCUGCCCCUCAGUUCAGUGGUAAUCCUAAGUAACCAAUGAAGGCUGAGAAUUUGGCAUCUUUCCUCAGGCAUCCCUGCUGCUAAAUGGCAUUUCUGGGUAUUUUUGUGAGUAAAUGUGUCAGUUUGGAUGUUCUGCUCUAGGCGCUUUACCUUGGGCAGGAAUGUCCCUUUGGAUUAGAUCUUUUUAUUCCUUAUCUGCAGUGUUUUUUUUUUGGGGGGGGGGAGGGGGUGUGUUGUCCUACUAAAUGUUUGUACUUUACAUGUUUAAAAAAAAAAAAAAGUGAAACUUAAUGUUAGUCGGCUAGCAGGAUCCAGUAAGCUGUAUUAAAGCACAAUGACACUUGGUUUUUAAGUGUUUCCAUGUAAAAUCUUAAAUUUUUUGUAAAGUUUUAAAACCAAAAAAAACUGCUGCAAAACAUUAAAAUUGAACUUUGCAAUAUC